AUGAGUCUCACCUUCAGCAACUCCUACCAGAGGGAGGGAAAAGAACACCCCGCUAGCUGCGGCGGCUCGGGGAGGCGGAAGGAACUGCGGCCCAGGCAGGGGGCGUGGGGAGGAGGGCGAGCCCGGAGGGGCGGAGUGGGGAGACGCGCCGCGCCCCCGAGGGAAGCGGUGGGGGCCGCGGAUGGGGAGGCCCCCGCGGCCACGGGCGGCCCGGCACCCCUCCCCCGCCCUUCACACAAAGGGGCCCAGGGACCCCGCUUCCUGCUCGCGCCGCCGGGCCGGCCCGGGCCUGUGGGCUCGGCUCCACUCGCUGCCGCCCGGGCGGGUCUCUGGGCCGCGCGGCUCCCGCGGGCGUCGUCCGGCCUGUGGAGGGAGAGGGGGCGCGUUACCCGCCGCCCCCCCGCCCCAGCUCCCGCCCGGACCCGGCCGCCUCCGCCAACGCCGUCGCUUACCCCGCAGUCCGCACCCGCCCGGCCGCCCCCCGGGAGGUUCCGUCACGCCGAGGCCAUGGCCAGCGGCCGGCUCCUCCGUCUCACCGCCGCCCCAGCACCGCUGCUCGCGGAGGGGAAAGGGGCGGGGGCCGUCCGGCGGCGGCGGCGGCGGCCACUCCAGGCGAAGCCACCUCUUUUUUUUCCUCACCCACCCCCCACCCCCACCCCCCCAGCACACACCCGGAAGGGUUUCCCUGACACACUGGCUGAGGUGCCCCAGUUCCCCGAGACUGGCCGGGAUCACUUCCGGUGGGGAAAGUCCCACCUCUCCGGGGCGAGCCGGGUGGCGCUGGGGCCGCGCCCUGCCGAGCGAGGCGGCCGGGGACGCUCCCGGGUCGGGGCCGCGGCCUUGGCAUAGGGCCUCGCUGAGGAGCGCCGGCGGCCUCCCUCUCCCCGCCCGCUGCCGCCGCCGCCGUCCCACCCCGAACCCGCUGCAGCCCCUGCGCGUCUCCGCGGCCUGAGGACUCGAGCGGCUGGUUGGCCGGAGCUGGAGGGCCGGCGAUCAUCUAGCCGCCGGGAGAGCGCCAAACAUCCCUGGACUAGAAGUGACGAGGAAAAUAAAGCAGCCAAGAAAGUUUAUUCUCUUUGCUGGUAUUUCUUCCACUUGACGCUUGUCUGAGAAACGCGUGCGAACUCCCUCUAGACUUCGCUAUUGCACGGCUUUCGUCGGUGAUGGCUUUUACUUAGCCGUGCCUGACAAAUCAUUAAACACACACGGUACUUUUAGCAUCCGGCAGAUCUGCUCAACUCCACCAGCAAAUGCCAGACUCACCCCUUUCCUCCGUAUCACAAGGCUCAAAAACAACAGGACUAGAAAUAGACUUUAUCUGACAGUAACUCAGCUUUGCCCCCCUAUUUGAUUCCAACCGCUACACAGCAGGAAAGAUGAAAAAACCGAGGUCCAGAAAAGUUAUGUGGCAUCGUGAUAGAAAUCAGGAUCUUCCUUCAAGUUUGCCAAGGAUCAUAAAAGAACCCUUUCUGUGGUGCGUUGAAGAAGUUCUUGUGCAGUGAGCAAUGUACGAAACAUUAGUACAAUUUAUUUUCUCUUUUCUUGGUAUUGCAACACCGUUUGAACCAACCAGCCAGAGUGCACCGUUGCCUUCCAUACUUGCCUGCCAGAGACUAAUGUAAUAAAACUGACAUUUCAUUUAUUUGACACCUGUUUCUCAACAAUAACCCUUCCGAAUUUGCCAGUUAACCACACGAGCGUUUCCCCUCUUUUGUUAUGUGGUUGGUUGGUUUGAUUGAGCUUCAAGUUUUUUGACUCACAGCUCAUAUUCACCUUGGUUGCUGAUAAAAGUUAUUUUAAAUAGUCUCCAGGCUUCUCAAUUUUUUUUUUCACAGCCAAGGAAAUAGUAACUAUCCAACCCGAGGUAAUUAAUUAUUCUGGACUGUUUUCUUAUCUUUCACCUGGGGAUAAAAAUGUUUGCCUUACCUUUCCUCUCAGAAUUGAUGGACGGUCUGAAUGCAGUAAUGUCACUGAAUGGACGUUGAAGAAUUAUAAUGCAUGGUAUAAAAUGCACAGUAUUGUUUUUUUCACAUCAAUUAUGUGAUUGACUAACCACUAAGCCAAUGUGUAUUUUGAUGUAAUUAGAUCUAGGUUCUGGGCUGGCUCCAGAGAAAGAUUACUUUCUUUGUCUUAGCUCCAGAAAACAGAAGAGGGUCCUGCAUCACCAAAGGCCAGGCUCUGAAAGAUCUCCACUACUCACUGUCAAAAACAUUUGAUUAUAUUUCACAAUGUAUACAAAUAUCAAAUCAUUAUGUUAUACACCUGAAACAAAUGUCAUGUUACAUGUCAA